CUCCCGACGGGGCGGCAGCGGCAGCGCCAGCAUCAGCAGUCUCUCGCCACUGCAGCGACGCCACACGCGAUCCGAUCCGUAUCCUUGCCAGUGCGACAGCCAUCAGCACGUCAACCAGACCGCGCAAGGGCAUCGCCAGAGACAGAUGGACGCUCCUGCUGUAUAUCCUUGCUGGCAGGAGAGCGGCAGCCGCUCAGCAGCUUGCUUUCCCCGUCCUCCCGAGCAGCCUGCUGGAUGCCACGAGAGUGGGCACUCUUCCUGUGAGUGGGUGCGUCAAGGACACGGGUGGACCGGUAUGUGCGCCAUUGCAAGCACCACAUCGGCUCAUGCACGUGUGCAUGCAGCCUCCCGUUCUCCUUGAUGUGUGUGUGCGUCUUGCAGCCAUGGCUGACAGUGUCAAGCCGGCGAGAACGACAAGAAGAGGCGGCAUUUGCAAUGCUCUCGAGGCCAAUGCAAAGGCCUUCCUCACGGCGCUGCCAGAGACUCCCCAUGGAUGGGCCAACAGGUGCACCAAUGCACGCCUCACACCAAUGUCUCUCUGACUGCAGGCGCACCACCCCCAAGUGGCUAUCACAAGCGCACCAUAACAGCUCCAUAACCGUUUUCCGCCCGGAAAACCAGACACGCUGUACAGAAAACCGGUUUUCCGUGCAGAAAACCAGCAGUGCUGUCAGAAAACCAGAAGUGCUGUACACAGAACCCGGUUUUCUGACAGAAAACCAGCAGUGCUGUACAGAAAACCGGGUUUUCUGACGGACAAUCGGGUUUUCUGACAGAAAACCGGCAGCCCCGUACAGAAAGCCGAGUUUUCUGACAGAAAACCAGGUGUGCCAGCAGAAAACCAGCAGCCCCGUACAGAAAACUGGGUGCUCGUACAGAAAACCCGCAGAGCUGUACAGAAACUGGGUUUUGGACACAGAGAACCGGGUUUUGGAGACAGAAAACUGGGCCCCUGACGCCUCUUGAGUGCUCCCUGAUGACCGCAGGAUGCACACCGAUGCUCGCCGACUGCCCCCUGGUGCAUGCUGGUGUUUUCUGGCCGAACGGCUGACUCAUGCUGUCUCACUCAAUGCGAU